UGUUUUUUCUCUGUUUCUCCUUCUCCAUCUUUUCCUCUGUACUAUUACAAGAAAGGCAAAAGGAAGUAAAAUUAAGCUUAAGAAAACAGUCAGAAAUGGCAGCAGAUGUAAGUUCCAUUGUAAAGAGUGGCAAUUCUGAAAUUCUCAUCACCAGAGAUUUGCUUGGAGGCUUAUCUAAAGUUGGUUCUAGUAGUAAGGAUUUGGAUCUGGACUUAAAGACAGGAGCAUUGUAUACACAAAGGUACACGUGGAACUCUCCAAACUCACCGUCAUCAUCUUUUAAGAAAAAAAGCCAUAAACAGAAAGAACCAAAUGCUGCUACUCCACCAUUGAAAUUCUUGGAAGAGAGUUCUUGCUUAGAGUUAAAGCUUCUUCCUUCUUCAAGCCAAUCUUACUGCGAAAGUGUGUGUACUCUUGAUAAGGUCAAAUCUGCUCUACGAAGAGCAGAGAAAGAAGAAACUGUCAAGAAACGUUUCUCUUUCUCUCCUCCACCGUCGCAAAUCGAUGAACAAGAAGGCUCAUCUUCUAGUAAUGCAAAUGGAAUGUUUGCUGCUGGUUGCCCUGGUUGCUUGAUGUAUAUUAUGACAUUGAAGACAAACCCUAAAUGCCCUAAUUGCAAUUCUGCUGUUCCAUUAUUGCCAUUGAAGAAGCCAAGGAUUGACCUCAAUGCUUAAAUUUAUUUUUCUUUUUUUGUAAAAUUUUUACAAUUAUAUAUGGUUCAAUGUUAAUUAAUUGCCAAGUUGAUUUAAUAUUAUUGUUUUGUGAAUAAUAAAAUAAUAGGCUUUUUUUUUUUUUAAUUUGGGGGAUAAUUUUAGGAUAGGGGGACCAUGGUGAUUGCUUUGCGUGUGCACCUAACGGAAGAAAGUGUGCAUUUAGAUACUUUUGAAUGUAUAAUGAUAAUAGAUAGCCUGCAUGUGACUGAUAUUUCACUCGUUUUAAUAAUGGAGCAAUGCAUAAAUUUUCCUCAAA